ACAAUAAAAUUAUCCAUUUAUCCAUAUUAAAAGCAUUAUUCUGCUGUUUAUUAGUUAUAACAGAACUGAGCACAUUAUUGCACCACAUUUAUUUUCAUUCCGCGUCAAAUUACAAAUUUAAUGUAUUAUAUUUCUUAAAAGCAUAGCGGACUACACUAAAGAAUAUCAUAACGGAAAUGAGAGAAACAACAAGCUUUCCUGCGUGCGUUUCAUAAAAAAUACUCUCAUAUCUUAAUAUGACAUUUUUUCUUGUAUGAAAUAGAGGACAUGUUACAUUUUAUGCAGUAUUAAUGCAUCAACUGCUUAACGGUAAACGUUAAGUAAUUUAUAUCCCUAUUUCAUCAUUACAUAUAAUUUAUAGCAAAGUACAGAGAAUUGGAUAAAGUUACCUUCUAAAUUAUAAAUACAAAAAAAAGAAUAUGAAAGAUAUUCGUUCGAUCGAUGAAGAAAGAGGGGAUAAUUUGCGCCUCUUUCUUUCCCGCAGUCACACGUGUUCUGGACGUUGCACUGACAUGAUCUGUCUCGAAGCGGAAUAUUUAAAUCUCAACAGAAUUCUUUUGCAGUCUAUUGCAUUAUGGCCGUUUCAACAAUCGAAACUUGUCCAAAUUCAAUUUAAUAUAAGCUUGACUAUUCUCGUGGGUGCUAUUAUCUACCAAAUAACUGUAUUUUUGACGUCAAAAUUUACACCAGUAAUCGCUAUUAAAACUUUCUCCUGUGUACUCUUUUACACUAUUUUAGUGAUACAUUACAGUUCAUUCCGAUUUAACAUCAACAUUCUAAAAGAGAUGAUGACGCGGCUUCACUGUGCAUGCACUAAAUUAAGAGAUAAAAAUGAAAUCGCUAUAAUACAAAAGUAUGGCAGGAAUGCAAAAUACUAUACGGCUGUACUCAUCGUAAUCUACAUUAGUGUGCACCCUCUUUUUUGGACCAUUCAACUCUUAAUGCCUUAUUGCCAUAUCGUUAUACCAACAAAUGGAUGCCGAACACAUCGAUUACAAACAGCGGUCGAAUAUUUUAUUGAUCAACAAAAAUAUUACUAUGUAAUUUUGCUUCACAUGAAUGCAGCCAUAUCUAUUGGAAUAUUAACAUUCAUAGCAACGGGAACACUGAUGAUUGCGUAUCUCCAACAUACAUGCGGAAUGUUCAGAAUUGCUUGUUAUCGUAUCGAACAUGCGAUGGAGAUUAAUACACAAAAAGGUAAUAGUGGAAACAGCGAGUUUUCAAUAUCCAAGAAAAUAGUUUAUGCCGUACAUAUUCAUCGAGAAGCCAUGAAAUUAUCCGAGCAGUUGAUAUCCAGGCUUGAUACAACGUACUUUUGUUUAACAGUGCUGGUGGUGAUUACUAUGAGUCUCAAUCUGUUUCAAAUUUUUCAGACUAUAACAUCAGAAGAUAAUAUAAUGGAAGCUACAGUUCCAUUUAUAAACCUACUCGUCCUUGGCCUGUAUGUGUUUUUUGCCAAUUUCUUUGGACAGAAUGUAACAGAUCACAAUAAUGAAGUUUAUGCUGCCGCAUACAACAUUCGAUGGUACAUGUGUCCUAUCCAUGAACAAAAAUUGAUACUGCUGCUUUUGCAAAGAAAGACUAGAGAAUUUCAUUUAACUUGCGGAGGACUGUUCAUAGCGUCUUUCGACUGUCUCGCAACGUUAGCAAAAGCAACGAUGUCUUAUUUUACACUCAUGCAUUCCGCACGAAGAUAAAGUAGAACUAUAUUAUAGCAGGGAGAAAUAGUAGAUAUAUAAAAAAUAUAGUAAUAUGUUCCAUCUUUGGGAUAUAAAAGAUUAUAGCUCUGAACAUAAAUAAAAGUCUUAAAGUUUUUGCUACGAAAAAGAUGAUAACAACAUUAUAUAUAUAAUUACAAUAAAAUUAUCCAUAC